AUGAAUGUUUCAAGGGAGCUUUCCCUUAAAGAAACAGCAUCAGUGCUCUGCCAGCUAAAGUACGAGAAUGCUGUGUAUACAGAAGUUGGCUUGGAAAUAAAUAGGCCUUUAAUAAACUCGGCUAUUGAUAAGUGGGAUUACAUUAUUGUGGAGUUCAUGCAAUUUUCAUUUUCAGCCCAUGCCUAUAGGAUUUGUAACGAAAGUGGGGAUUGGCUGUGGGGGAACUGGACCAACUACACCGAAUGUCUGCAGUUACUGCGUCAAGACUGGCUCUGUAAGUCAAUACUGACACUCAAGAUGUACGCUGCCAUGGCUAGCAUUAAUUGGAUGUUUGUGGAAGGACUUCUUCUACACAGUCGGAUCACCAUCUCUAUAUUCAAUAAGGAUGCACCUUUCAAACUCUAUCAUUUCAUUGGUUGGGGUUUUCCGCUAGUUUUUGUAGUUUCCUGGGCGUCGAUCAUGUCCCAGUUUCUGGAUUCGCCAUGUUGGAAAGGGUACGGAAAAACCAAUUACAUAUGGCUCGUUACAGGACCUAUGAUAACUGCGCUCUUGAUCAAUACAGUUUUCCUGAUCAAUGUCGUACGAAUAUUGGUUACCAAGCUCCGGAUGAGUGUCUCCAUAGAAACGAUUCAAGUCAGAAAAGCCAUUAAAGCUACUGCUCUUCUCUUCCCCCUACUUGGAAUCACUCACCUUCUCUUCUGCAUCAAUCCUCGUGACGAUUCUCACCUAGAGAGGGCUUACAUGAUCACCAAUGCUGUACUCCAAUCUUCCCAGGGAAUAUUUGUUGCAGUUCUGUACUGCUUCAUGAACUCGGAGGUGCAGACUGUUGUACGGAACGCCUACUUGCGCGCCAUGUUACGGAGAAAUCCCAAUCAUUGCUUACUUCGUGGACGAGGACUGUCACAUACAUCUGCCACGUACUUAUCAAAGUCCGACAAUACUGUUUCCGACACUAUUCGUCACAAGAUGUCGCCAUCUGCAGAUAUUAUGGUACCACUACACAACGUAUUUCUACCUGAGGAGUAUUUUGGGAGAAAAAAAUUUAAAGCGCCAGAAGCAAACUCCGAUAGCGAAAGAGUGAGAUGCAGUGGUGCUGCCACCUAUCUUCAAUAACUCAAACCUUCUGCUGAGUCACAAGUUAGGCUCAAAACGACCGACGUAGAUGUUAUCGAAAGGAUUUUUUUUCUGUCUCACUGUUUUUUCCCCACCGAAUACGUGUUGUUUAAACAUAGAUAUAAAGAACAAAAAACUAUCAAGUAUAUAUUUUAUAUUGUGGUUUGUUUAAUAUUACAAUAUUGGAGUCAUUAACAUUUUUUUAAAUGUUUACAUUGCUGCAUAUUGCAGAGGCUUAGAAGAUAAACAUCGUAAUGUUACAAAUACUCAGUACUCUUAUUACUACGCUGUUUUUGUGUGUGUGUGUGUGUGUUUUUUACAUGUUAAAACUCUUAAAGUAUUUAAGUUAAACCUAAUCACAAGCCCUCUGGUGGGUCAACAAUAAGUUUACGGACUUUCAAAAUCCUGGGUUCGAUUCCCCGCGGUUGACAAAUAGCCCCUUGCGUAGCCUUGCACUAAGGAAACAACAUCAACCUAAGAAUAAUUACGUUAUAUCUAUAGCUUGGUUCAUUGCAAUACCAAUAAGACGUGAUAACAAAUACAAACAUAGAUCUAUUGAAUGUUAAACAGGAAUCCUUUAUUAUAACACUAAGUCCUUUAUUAUAACACUAAGUCCUGUAUUAUAACACUAAGUCUUUUAUUAUAACACUAAGUCUUUUUUAUAACACUAAGUCCUUUAUUAUGACACUAAGUCCUUUAAUGUAACACUAAGUCUUUAUUAUAACACUAAGUUACACAGUAACAUACACAAAGAAGUAGUAAUGUAAAAAUAUUACAUGUGAGAUUUUGAACAUGAUUAACUAUUACCUUUCAGUAUUUGUGCCAAAUAUAGAAAAAAAUCUCAUAAGUGUGAAGUAUUCGCUACUAUUUUUAUUUUGAUUCUGUAGUACAUUAAAAUAAUAAUACUUUUGGGAUUGAGACCGAGUUUUCGUUCAUUGUCUAUCUUAAUGUGAGAAACAUGUAUCCGAAGGUUAUUACCCUAAAUCUUCCGCUGAUGUACCCACUGCUGAAGAUAUCUAGUCCUUAAGCUAAGAUAACACAAACACAGGCCAUCAUAUACUUUUGAAUAUGCUUUACUGAUACGAGAUAUUCUGCCUUGAGUAAUAUCAAAGAACUUAGACAAAUGUUAUUUCUCGAUCCCUUGGUAACAACCAACAUCCGGGAUGUUCCUAUCCGCUUUGAAGACAGUUUUUUUUCGAAGUGAACUUAAUCGUAGACUUGUUUGUAGUCAAGCUUGAGUCAUUAAGUGUGGAUCUAUUGUUAUGGUGUCAGUUGCUAGGAUAAUUGGUGUGAAUUAGUAUUUUAACCGAUGUCAAGCUCGAGUUAUUAAGUGCGGAUCUAUUGUUAUGGUGUCAGUUGCUAGGGUAAUUGGUGUGAAUUAGUAUUUUAACCGAUGUCAAGCUCGAGUUAUUAA